AUGGCGUACGCUUCGUACACAGUGCCGAAACUGAAAAAAGAAUUAAUAUUACGCGGCGCGGUAACUACGGGAAGGAAAACCGAUCUCAUAGAAAGGUUGGAAGCAUACGAACGGAAUUUCAACUUUAGCGGUCCCGUUAUUGAACUGCCAGCAGAAAGGGAUGUAGAAUGGCCAACUACUGGGUAUAAACAAAUGACAUCGGGCCAUUAUGACAUUUUGCCACACAUAACAGAAGCCCAUAUCGAAGGAUAUUUUAAAUAUAGACAAGCAGUCGACAGACAAAUGAUGGGCAAUACAAAGGCCAUUGUGAAAGGAAAAUUACUGCUGGAGUCAGAGAGAGUUGAAGCACUGAGCAUUAACUGUCAAGAUGAGGACUUUUUCCUUACAGGAUUUGUCAGAGCUGCAAUGAAGAAAAAGGCUCCCCCAUAAAAGCUGAAGACAUGCCUUGUCGAUAUAAUCCAGAUCUUAGUGACCCUAGGCCUCAGAAAUACAGAGGAAUAGCUGGAUACAAUGAUUACGUGAUCAACAUUGUAACCAACUACUGUGCUGCAACAUCUGCAGAUUUGGCUUUCAAGUACAUAAAGCCCAAGGCAUUUAUCAACAUUGCAGUAUUAGACCAUGAUUACUUGGACCUGCCAUUCACCGAAUAUUGGAUAGAUGCAGCUUAAAAGGUAUAUUAAUAUACCCGGUAAAUAAAAUAUUUUGUAAAAUAGCUGAAGAAAUUGUUUCGGUGAAUCUUGAUGAAUUUGAAGAUAUUCUUUGGUAUACUGUAUAAAGAAUUUUUAAUUUUUGUACAGGUAUCAGAUAGGGACAUCGCUCACAUUGAACACAGAACGAGGAAACAGAGCCUGUCGAAAGUUUGGCACCGUGAAAGAGAAUGGCGUUUGACAGCUUCCAGG